AAGCCAUUCGCGUGUGGGGACUGCGGCAAGGCCUUCAGCCAGGGCAUGCACUUGGCGGUGCACCGGCGCACACACACGGGCGAGAAGCCAUACGCAUGCGGGGAGUGCGGCAAGGCCUUCAGCCAGAGCUCCUACCUGAUCCAGCACAAGCGGCUGCACAUCAGCGUGAAGCCCUUCGAGUGCGGCCGCUGCGGCAAGGCCUUCAGCAAGAACUCGGCCCUGACGCAGCACCAGCGCCUGCACACCGGCGAGAAGCCCUACGCCUGCCCCGUCUGCAAGAAGCACUUCACGGGCCGCUCGUCGCUGGCGGUGCACCAGGUGGGCCCUACGCCUGUGGCGAGUGCGUGAAGGCCUUCGGCCAGAGUGCCUACCUCAUCGAGCACCAGCGCAUCCACAUGGGCGAGAAGCCCUACCUGUGCGCGCAGUGCGGCAAGGCCUUCAUCAAGAACGCUUCGCUCACCGCGCACCAGCGGAUCCACACCGGGGAGAAGCCCUACGCCUGCCGCGAGUGCGGGAAGACCUUCAGCCGGAACACCAACCUCACGGGGCACCUGAGGGUCCACAUCUAGGGAGGCUGGGCCCCCCCAAUCUGCACCAGUCCUCAGGUUCCGACUCCUGUUCCCUGGGGAGCUCAGCAGGACCCUGGAACAGGGGGAGAAGUAGCCUGUCUGUCAAGGUCCACAUUCUGAAGAGAUGCAGAGUCUCAGACCUGAGCAGAUCCGGGGGCUGCUGGAGCCCGAGAGGGCGAAGACGCUGCUGCCUCGGGAGAACAAGGCCUGGGAGAAGCGUGCUGCCUUUGCUGAGGACUGGGUGGCUGUGGAGGUUGGGACCUCCAGCUGCAGCGGCGAGGAGAGAGACCUACCUUCUCCCGAGACUGUGCUUCCCCAGGAGUGGAGCUCGGUGGAGGAAGAUGAUGAGUCCGAGGACUCCCAGGGCUUUGUGGAGUGGUCGAAAGCUCCACAGCAAACGACCAUAGUCUUGGUAGUGUGUGUGAUCUUUCUGUUCCUGGUUUUAACUGGGAUGCCCAUGAUGUUUCACAUUUAACUAUUAAGGUGACUCUUGUUUCGAAAUAGAUGCCCUGUGUCAUGUUAAGGAAGAGCCCUGGUUUAAAAAAUCAGGAAUAGGUCUUGAAUAUUAUCAAAUGCCUUUGACACAUCCAUUGAGAUGAUUUUUCUUUUGUGUUUCACCUUUACAUGUGUGGUUUCUGCAUUGCUGUAUUUCACUGAACUUAAGACAUCUUGGAUUGUAAAUGUGUAUUAUUUUGUGUACUCCUGAGAAAGAAACAGAAUACUGCUUAAAUGUAAGACGUCGCCAAGUGGAAGAUGCAUCGUGACUUCAGAGAAGGUGAACACGUGCGCAGCAUACACGCAAUGAAACUGAGUCAAUUUCUCCACUACAAGUCACCUUCGCAGUCUCAGGAUGGUGGCGCACCUGGCUUUUCAGAUACUGAAUUCCGUCCCUUGAUAUUUUAUGUAGGAUUCUUGCCUCUAUCUUCUUACAUAGGAUUGGUGCUAUCUUUGUUUCAUUUCAGUGUUGUGGCUAAGCUUGCACCAUAGAAGGACUUGAGUAAUGUGUGACCCUUUGCUGUGCUUUCGAGUACUUUCCGUAGUUCAUGCUGUGCUCAGCCGUGUCUGGCUCUGCGGCCCCACGGACGAUAGCCCACCGGGCUCCUCUGUCCAUGAGU